AUGAACGGUUUAAAGGCACACCAGAGAGAGCUAAUUAACCUUAGUCGCAGAUGUAUACCCCUACUAAAACCCGAAUUGUACAAGGGUCAGUGUGGGAAAAUAUGUGUUGUUGGUGGAUGUGAAGAGUACACAGGAGCACCAUAUUUUAGUGCCCAUGCAGCAUCGACGUUUGGAAGUGAUUUAGUUUAUGUACUCUGCGAAAGAAAGGCUGGCCUUCCUAUAAAGGCGUACUCUCCUAAUCUAAUGGUGCAUCCAUACUUAGUAGAUUCGUAUAGUGCAACGAGGGAACCUAAGGAGGAGCCUGAUUUUGAGAAGAUUUUAGGGGUGGUUCAAAGAUGUCAUGUUUUGGUCAUCGGGCCAGGUUUGGGGAGGGAUAAGAAAAUACGUGAGCAAGUUAUUCAAAUAGUUCAAGAGGCUGCUAGCAUUGGAGGUGACCAUAAUAGAUGUUUAAUUCUUGAUGCAGAUGCGCUAUUUGUUCUAUCUACGGAAGAUUCCGAAAAGUUUCAAGAGGCCUUGAAGAAAUAUGGCGAAAAUAGAGUGAUUAUCACGCCUAAUGCUGUUGAAUUAAAGAGGAUUAUGAAGGCCCUAAAUGUCGAUACUGUGGAAGAAGUCAGUAAAAGGCUUGGGUGCAUUACUGUGGCUAAAGGCCAUCAUGACAUAAUUAUCAAUUCUAAGGGAAAACGUUGGGAAAAUGACGUUGAAGGGUCAAUGAAAAGAUGUGGUGGACAAGGUGAUACUUUGACUGGAGUUAUUGCAUCCAUGCUUGGAUUCUCUAGAGCAGUUCAUGAUUGGAAACUACAACCUCUUUCUGUGCCUGGUAAGGAAAGUGUUCUUCCUUGGGACCAAAUGGCAAUGUUAUCCUGUUAUGUUGGGUCUACUGCUACUAAAAUGGCAAGCAAAGCGGCCUACGAAAAAGUCGGAAGGCAAAUGCAAACCACUGAUAUGAACUAUAUAGUUGGUGAGAUAUUUGAAAAGCUAUACGAUACUGAAGGAGAGUAG